UGAGAGACAGCGUGACGAUCUAGGCCAAGAACCAGCAGACUUUAUUGGACUUAACACAAUUUAGAUCUAGCCAGUGCACUUUUUGAUCUUAAACAUCGACGUAAACCUCUCUGUUACACGUCUAUCCCGAUUCAAUACAAGCGAUACCUAUAUCAUAAGAAAACAUCUCUCGUUAUAAUCUAGGUCGAUCCGCGUAAUAUUCUUAACAGGGCUUUAUUACAAGUCUAACGUAACGGAUUCUGCUAGAGUAUUUUGAUUUUGGAAAUAAUUAAAUCUAGACUAGAUCAAGAUUAUACUUUGUGUGUUAAUGAAGUAGAUAUCUAUAUAAUAUUUGAACUUCUGGGCUUCGCUUCUAGAUCUAAAUAUUUAUAGUAAUUUUUUUAAAGUGUUCAAUCGUGGAACUAUCAAUUCAUCAAUUAACUUGAUUUUGAUAAGCGCAAUCAAUGGAUUAGAUUUAUUUCAAUCUUGUACUACUGUGAUAUUUGAUCUAAAAUGCUCAGCUAAUUAAGACCAAGUUUCCAUAGUGCCAAUGAUCCUUUCUUUCACCCGAUCACAACCUUGACCUACACUGCUACAUUAGGAAGCGUGAACUGAGAGAUGCUGUCAUUGUAAGAAUUUGAAUGAUGCUGACAAAAAUACAAUUUUUAGGACACAUCACUUGAGCGUCAGCUUAUGACUAAGUAUUAUUCUGGUGGGAAUGAUUGUGGUGAUAUCAAACAAUCAUACAUAAUGGUACUAAACGUCACUAUUGUUUAAAACAAAACUUUCGCGAGGAAAUAUUUGAAAAAUUGCACUCGCUAGUAGGAUGAAACAAAUUAUUCCUUUUUUUUUCAAGUAACAUGCGUUUUAUUCCUAGCCAAGAGGAUAUCAUAGUUGGCAGAAAUAUUUCGUUUCGUAACAGUCUCAUGUUCAAGUAACUCGUUAACAUACUGGAGUAAAGUUUUAAAUAUAUUGGGUUAUUUAAAAAAAAAAACUGAAUUUUUUUCCUGUGUCACAACUUUCAAAACUCAAGAUGUCUAUCAACCGGUGUGUUAAAUCAUUGUACAGUUUAAGAUGUUUUCUGUACUGUGUAAAGUGUGUAUGUUUGCCGACGUAGGCCUGAUCUAUAUACUGGAUAAAGUUCUGUAGGCCUGAUCUACGUAAGAGACAAUUCAUUGGAUUCAGUUUGUUUCAAUAUUGAUGUUUCACUUUGAAAAGUUCCUAUUCAAAAAAGGACUGACAUCUAUAAAAAGAACUUAAAAAGAAAAGUAUUUCCUCUGCAUAUUGAAGAACGUUUCACGCACUAAUUCAUUCCAACAAAAGACACUUCGGAAUUUACAACUCGUGUUCUGUAUUCAACAAUUAGAAGACGCUUGAUUCCGAUUAUUCCCAGCUGUAUUGGAAUAUUGAACCUUUGUUUAUAUACAAUAUUGAGUGAUUGAGCACUGAAGAAAUGGAUGGCGAAGAUAGCAGUCAAUCUAUUCUAGACGAUAAACCAGGCGUAAAGAGGGCGCGAUUGGAUGUGCCUGAAACGGACAGGUUGUUGAAUUUCGCCACAGCAGCAGAUGAAUUUGAACUUUGCUUGAAGCGGCAGAAAAUACCCAGAGACCCAAUGUCUCAUCGCAUCAUAGAGAAACGACGUCGUGAUCGGAUGAAUAAUUGUCUGGCUGACUUAAGUCGCUUGAUACCUAGCAGCUACCACAAACAGGGUCAAGGCCGUAUAGAGAAAACGGAGAUAAUUGAGAUGGCAAUCAAGCAUAUCAAUCUUCUGCAACAAAGAGUGGACCAAGCGGACAAAGAUUCCAAAGAUGAGAAAGUUCCAUCAACUCCAGCCCAAGUUCCACCAGUAGAAAGAUGUUGCUGUGCUACUAAAUUUUACAUGGGAUUUAAAGAAGCUCAGGAUGAGGUGAUGAGAUUCCUUGUAGAAGUUGAAAGUGUUAAUGCCAUGGAUCCAUUUUGUAAGAAAAUUAUGAACCACUUGGAGAAUGCGAGUCAAAAAUUUAUAACUCAGCAAAUCUCUCACUCAGCUCAUACAAAUGUAUCUCAAGAUGUCUUAAACAAUGAUGUCGACAAAUCAAACUUAUCUCGAAUGGACUCAGAGGACAACCGCAGUCAGUCAGGGUAUAGAUCGUCUUGCUAUGCCCCUCCACCCUUUCACCAAGAUGACAUGAGUCAGGAUUCUAAACACAGGGAUCAACGUUUGCGGUCACUUCUGGAUGAACAGCAGCAGUCUAAUGGAAACCUUCCAGAAAUAGGUUCUAGAUCAAGUAGUAUGGUACCAUUGUUUUCCUACUCCAAUCAUCUGAAUGCCAUUGUGUCUGGGUCUGAUCAGAAUGGAACAGGAAGUAGUGGCUACGUGUCGGACAUGUCCAAUCAUGAGAAAACAUCACCAAGUGGAUCAACCUCCUCAAGGGACAAUGUUUACAAGUUUAAACAUAAUAUCACGAAAAGGUUCUCAGAAGAGGGCCAUCACUUACACCAUCACAUCCACCAUCAUGGCCAACACCAUCAUCAUGGCCAACCCAGCGACACUAGCUCUAGUACCAGCAGUCGAGACUUGGAGGAUGACCAGAGCCACAUAAAAUGGAAAAGUAACAAACACCGCAUCGGCAGCUCUUCAGGCAUCUAUAGAGAAGAUUUAGAGGAUCAGAGCAGGGGAAACAACUCCACUAAUUCGGAUGAGAUUAACUCCCUUUCAGCAUCUAGUGAUUGCUCAAAGAGACGCAGCAGCAAAUCUUGCAAUCAGACUGCAUCUCAUGGUGGUGAAAACUCGUCCAUAGCUCUGCCAGGAUUUAUACUCCAUCCUCAAGGAACUCAUUAUAUGCCCAUCUCAGUUCACAACACUAAUAUCGCAGGGCUGUUUGAAAACAAUUAUGAACAUGACGGACCUCCAGUGUUCCACCCUAUUAGUAUUCCUGUACACUUCCGUCGGCCUGUCAUCUCCAUGCCAAAUAUAACUAUAUGUACUCACAUGACAACCUCGCGUAAAGACAGAAACAUGAAGGACUAGCGGCUCAUGUUGUGUAUGUUGCUUGGACAUUGUUAUCUUGUGAUUAAAUUAAUCGUUCGCUCAAACUUCAGUUUAAACUUGCUUUGAAAACCCAUCACUUUUUAAUCAUUGUAUAUAGUUCAGUGACAUCAAUGUUAUGUCCACAUUGUGAAACACAAAUCAACAUAAUGACUUGUUGGCCAUGUAAUGCACAGUCAAUAUGAUUAUUGUCUUUAUUUCAAAACUUUUUUUUUUUUAGGAAGGAAUUUUAAUAUGGAGACAGUUAAUUGUUGCCCCGGUUUUGCUUCUUCAAUGUGCUUGUCACUAAAGCAGUUAUGUUUUCUAACCUUGACCUACUUUCUCUACUUCUGCGGAUGUGCUUCCCAAGUCGAGCUAAAAGUGGAUGCUGAUAGUUUCAGAGAAAGUUUUUCUAUUUGUAUCUCUGUGAAAAAGACAAAAUAGAAACUUGACCAGCCGUUGUAGCGCCUGUUGGAACCAGCUCAACUUUUGACUAUCCAUUUUAAAAUCUACUGCCAACUCAGACCAGUUAACAUCUGAGUAGACUUGUUAAAUGUAGCAGGUAUCACAGUCACUAGCAUAGUAAAGAAAGGAAAAAGAAAGUAGAGAGAUCCAAUUAUUCUUAAUUUGCAGAGAACUAGGCUGUAACAACAAAGUAGGAUUUAUUUAUGAUGUCUGGUAACUGAUGAUACGAUUGAAAGCAAGCAUCACCCAAGUCCUGAGGAUGUAACAGAUAAAGGAUUGAGCAGACAUAAAAAAAAAAAAAACUUUAUACAAACAAAAAAGUUUGUACAGUGAUGAGGAAUGUUGUUUUGGGUUUUUCUAAGUUUUAAAGGUCUGGUGUUCUGUGUAUACUAUUUAUUUUCUUAACAGGACAUUCUCUGUCCAGCCUUUAGUGUGACUUGUUUGUUUGGAGCUCAUUUUUAACUGUAACUUCUUUUCUUCAGUAAUAAAUCUGGUAAGUUCAUGUCUACUGAUGUAUCAUGAUGCUUUGAGUUUUGUUAGAUUGAAGAAAAAAAAUAAUUCAAACCUUCAGCAGAUUGUUGUACGUCCAUUUGUCUACUUCUAAAAAUAGUUGGGGGAAAUGAAACUGAAAAACAAUGCUACUUUCUAAAUUAAUCGCUAUGUAGUUGAAAAAAAUCCUAAUUUAAAGAAAGACAUGUCUGAAAUGCAUUAUGUGACAAAAGAAACUAAUUAAAAACUUUACCAUUAAAAAAAGGAUGCACUUUUGUCAUGAGUACAUUGUAAAAAAUUGAAAAACAUAAACAUCUCUACCAUGGCUAAGUGUCACGUGACAGCAUAAACAUCUCUUUAUAUUAGCUUUAAGUAAAUAUAGGCAGAAGUAUUUAAUUGGUUUUGUCACAUUUUGCAUAUUUAACAUUUCAAAGCAUCAUGGGAUGUCAACUAUACUGAACGUGUUUGUUAAAAAUCUAUAUUUUAAAAGUUGUUUUUGACAACAUUUUUAAAAAAGAUUAAAUUUUAUUUACAGGGUUAAGAGGUAAGAAGUUUUAAACAGUUUAGAAAUACUUUUAGUCUGAACUUCUGCAGCUUUAUGUCUGCUCACUGUGGGAAUUAAGUUUCUCAUUUCAAACUCAUCUGUACAAGAAGGGUAAGCAGGGAAUCAGAUGAUCUCCCUUUUAACCCUGAAUGACUCUAAUGUCAUUUUAAAAAACACAAACGAUGCCGAACUUCAUAAAUAAAACAAGACACUCGAGAAAGUAAUGCUGGGACAUUGAUGAGCUGGGACUUGGGCAUGCUGGGAAAACAUACUCAAAACUGUUUCUGAAAGGAUUUUUGAUUCAGAAGAAAAUAUCCAAAGUUCAGUUUUGUAUACAAGAGAUCAAGCUGACUUUGAUAUUUCAAACAUGUGUGAUGCCUGUCCAAUGUGGAUAAACUAUUAAUUGAUAAUGUGUGUCCUCACCGCUUGCAUUCAUUGGAUAUGUAAGCAUCUUCAAUUUGGUGUAGAAUCUUUUUGUUAAAUAUUCUAAAAAAAACAAAAAUAUUCAUUUUCUUUAUUGUUUCAUUUUAUUAUUAUUAUUAUUUUUAAAUUAAUGUUUGAUUGACUAUUUUCAGGUUGCAAAUUGAUGGCAAGAAUUAGUUAGUGAAAAGUCACGUUAUCUAACCUUAGAUCUUGUCUUAAAAUUCAGACAUCUCAAUCGAUACAUUAUAAAAUCCAAACAAACUUCAACAUUAGUUGUUGUAAGGUACUUAAAUACAAUUGUUUGUAUUUCUUACCAUCAAGUGAUCAUUUGUGUGCUUUAAUUUUGUAUACAAAUGUUUUCAUAGAUUCAAAACUUCUUGGAACAUUUAGUUAAUAAGAACCAAAUGAGUGUUUUACAGUAGUUCCACUUUAGUAAUACUAAUUUUUCAACAUUUUUUUUUCAGAACUAUUGCUUCAUUUAAUGUGUUUUGUUGGUGCCUGCAAAUACUAUAUAUUAUUUUAAAAAAAAGAAACUUUGUAUCUUGAAUUAAUAUAUACAAUGUUCUUUUUAUUUCAGACUUGUAAACUUCUGAUCUACUCCUAGUUUGUUACUCUUUAUAUUUGUACUUGACUUAAACUGGUGUCAUUUUAAUUUUUCUUUUCUCUACUUUUGUCUUUCUGCAUGCAUUCGCUUCACUGUCUGAGUCUUGUGUGGAACAAGUUGAGGUCAAGUCCUGCUUUGUGCAAGUCACUGGUCAAGACUUACCUGGUACAAGAUGCUGAUAAUGAGUUACUUGGCACAAUAUAUGGAUGUCAGAGGAUUGACAUUUAGAGAUGACAUUCAGAUUAAAUAAAAUCAAUGCCGACUUCCUUUUUAUUUCAGCCUUGAUCUUCAAAAGUGGCAGCCAUAAAAUAAAUAAAGGCAACAAAGACUUUAAAGAGAAAGUAACUGUUUGUCAUCAGAAAUGCUUCUCCCAAAUUGAAGCCCAAGAUUUAACUGCGCUUUCCAUCUUAACCCCAAAGUAUAUGUUAAUUUUUGUUGGCAAAUAAUGAUCCCUUGUCAAUGUCAUUUAUUUUGAUUUUGAUAUUGUAAAAGCAUAUAAUUUUACUUAAUGAUGAAAAAUUGUAAAACAGUAUUCAGAAAAUGUAAACACUAUGAGUAUGAUUGACUAAAACAAAAAGUCCGAUUCCCAUUGUUAAUUUGAAAAAAAAACAACUUUUUCAUUAUUUAAGUUACAUAUAUUAUGCACAAAUGUGUUUACUAUUUCUCUAUCUGAAGUUAGAUUUAUUUCAUAGAUAAUUUUUUAAUCUUUGUGGGAUAUUGCAAUGCAUAUAUGCAGAUACUAGUAGCUUAACUAAAGUGACAUCAUCUCCUCAUUAUAAAUUGGAAACUAUUAAUAUCGGCAGUUGUCCUCCAAUACAAGAAUGAAAUGAGGCCAGAAUAACCAAAUCGAGCCCAAAAACAAAUAAAAUUAUGCUUUAAAGGGGGCCCAUCAUUGUUAAAUAGUGACAGAACCGGCUGACAUUAUUGAUAACUUAAAACUUAGUCUAGGGCAUGGGUGAAGUCAAAUUCUUGUUGACAAAAUACAAUGUGAUAAAAAUUAUCGAAAAACCUUUCAUGCUCAAAGAAUUAUCUUUAUCUGUACAGUGUGUACAAAAAGGUUAGGACCUUGUCUCAUGACCCCAUUUGUUUGUACAUUUAAGUGACUGAAAGCAAACUUAGUGCCAUUCUCUGUCUGCAUAAAAGUAUUCAAAUAUUGACUAUAACAAUACAAAACAAUGCUACAAUGAAUGCCUGUAUGCCUAGUACAUGUUACUUGCUUACUACGGACUAUUUAAAGUGAUUGGCUUAUUUUGUAGCUGCAUGGUUCUAUGAGGUUUCCAAGUUAACCCUCUAACAUGCAUUACAAUUUUUUAUUCUUGUCUCCCUUGAAUUAGACUGGGGUACAUUCUUAACAAAUGAAGAAAAAAGACUUAACUUCAAUGCAGCAUGUGCUUUCACUCAUUGUUUUCUAAACCACAUUCAUAUAUAAUGAACCUAUGUUGAUUGUUUAUGUAUAGGUUUUUUUUUAUGAAUAAAAGAUUAUAAAACUAAUGUAUGAUUACUAUAUUAAAAAAAAAAUGCUUUAUUGAAAGUUGACGUAUUAAACAUGUAGUGUUCAUUUUUUAAUACUGGUAAAACAAAUAAUUUUUCUUUUUUAUAUUAUCAUUUACAUGCUUUUUACUCAAUGAGUUAUUUAUUGAUUGGUUUUCAUUUUAAUAUGUAAAGUGAAAUGCAUUAGUGGCCUGUGUUCUUACCUAGGGCUUUUCUUUUGUAAGAAUCAUGACAUGAGGUUUUGUUUAAACUUUUUUUAUGUUAAAUAAUUCACUUAGAUCUUAACUCAGAAUAUGAUGAGUCGGGAAAGGAUUCAAAGUGAUGGCCCCUGUGUAGAAAACAUAGAUACAAAUAUAGUGUAGGCCAUAAUGAAUAGUGAUUAUGUGUUUUUUGAACAGUAGCAAUUGGGUAACUGGGAAAAAAAUUCAUGCAUUGAUGACGGGAUAAAAUAAAAUCCUGAGUUCUACAACUAGAGAAACUAUAACAAGUAAUAUAACCUAUACAUUUUUUAAAAAAAUCAACGCUUACUGUAUGUUUAAACGUAAUUACUUUUUAUAAAAUAAAAAGGCUGUUGGUUCACACAGAACCUAGAGAUUCGAAAGUGUAAAUAAUACUAGAUAGAUAACAAGUUUAUAUCAAAUGCUGUACUUGAUCAUUAAAUACAUUCUUUAGAAACCUAUUAAUUAAAGUAAGAUUAUGUCUUACCUUUGCAUGGGCAAUAUAUUCAUAAUUGGAAAAAUACAAAAUAAUUGUUAGUUCACUAAAAUCUUAAAGUACUACAGAUGGGACCUUUAAGCAGGAGUCAAAUUUCAGCUCCAUAUGAAAACUUGUCAAAAUAAAUGAUUCAGAUCACAUCUACACAUCUAUGAAAAAAGCAUGAUUAGGAAUGACAAAUGCAUUGGAUGCAAUCUGGAAUUAUUAAAAUAAAGUACGACCUAUAUUUUCAAGUUGUUUUUUUAAUUUAUAAUUAGUGGAGAUAAUUGCUUUCAAUAGUUGAAGGGAAUGAAAUGGGCUACGCCAUGGUCUUUGCAACUGACAAUCUUGCAUAAUUUUUGAAACGUUACUAAAAAAAUACAAUAAUGAUUUUAUUAUUAUUAUUUAUUAUUAUCAGAUUUUAGCAGAAUGUUUAUAUUUCCCAUUUCAAAAGUCUUAUUUUUUUUUAAUCAUUUUCUGGGUUUUGUUAGAACGAGAUAAAAAUAGAUCUAAACACUUUAUAAGCCAUCAUAUACAAACCAACUGAUGUAUCAUUCAGUUCAACUCUUUUUAUUUGUUCAUAUUUAGAUUAACAUAUUAACUAAAUUACCAAAGGUUGCCAUAAGUUUAUCAUUAGUUUAUCACCAUGUUUCAAUAUUUCCUUAAGAAAUUAAACAUUCCUUUAUUUUUUUUUUUCGCUCAUCCAAUGUUCUGAGUCUGUACUGGAUCUAAAGGGUUUGGGUUAAAGAAAAAUGUUUUUUUACAUUCCAUUUUCAUCUGGUUAAUUUUUUGUCUAAACCUCUUUAAUUUACUAUCCAACUCGAUACUCAAAACUUUCUCUGUUUGUAAAAUGUUCUAUUUCUUUAAUCAAUCGAUAGAAAUAAGUACUGCUGCAGUAUGAAUAGCUUGCCUUAUUCUCAAAAACACAGCUCUAUCAAAUAUACCAAUAGCUAAUCUAUAGUUCCCCUUUCAGACCUUGUGAUCAAUAAGGCAGAGGUUGUUAAGGUAAUCUGUUUCUUUGGCCAACAGUUAAUGAGAAGGGUGUCAUGUGGCAUGAUGACCAUCUUUACUUUCAGGUACCAAUUAGAGUUGGGUGGACUCAAGGGUGCCCCAAAAAUCCCAAAGUAGAUUGCAUAUUGUGAUAGUAAAUACCAACAUGAAAAUAAACUCAUUUUGUUCUUUGUGGAAUCUUGUUUAUAGAACAUAAACCUCCCCAUAAAAUGACCUGGACAUUUUGCUGUUUACUAUCAACUUAAUUAUCUUGUAUUCAUUUCAGAGUUCUUACUUGAACUCUUUUUAUUUAUAAAUGACACAUCAGUCUGUGAACAUGAUGUCCAUUGAUCCUAGGCAUAGCUAUGGUUAGCUCAACAUGAUUUAUAUUCAGUUUAUUGAUAUGUCAGUUCUAUUUUGUUUUCUUUCAUUGUCACAUCUUUGUGUUAGUGGCUCAGCUUUAAAUUGCUUUGAAGUUUCUAGGACUUACUGUACUCUAUACAAAGUUAUAUUACCAUGUCAUGUGAACGCCAUUGUACACAAGAGUACCACCCCAUCCAUAUGUACCACCAGAUCCAUAGUCCACUGUGUCUGUUCAAAGCUCUUGGUUUUAAUAUUGUUAUUACUUUCAACAAUGCUUACUGUUAUGAUUUUGUUUUAAAUUAAGCUCUUUGGUUUUAAGCUCUUUGUUUAUCUUUUGUGUUCAAAACAAUAUUGUUGGUCUAGUAAAAUGUUUCAUAAUGUACAAUUUU